AUGAAGGGAGAAAUUACUCUCGAUGGAGCGAUUGCGCUUCUAUCGUCGGAGAAGAUCAAGGACCGCGCAGAUGGCUUAGCCGACUUGAAAUAUAUUCUCCAGCAGAAUAAGCGGAAUUCGAAACUGCAAUCAAUGAGCGACAAGGCUUGUCACAAGAUCUUCGAGUCUUUAUUCCGUCUUAUCUCCACGGAGAAAUCAUUGUAUAACCGAGCAAGUUCCAAAGGAGCUGCUUCUUCGCGCCUGUCUGCAUGUGUCUCCGUUCUCCGUACAGCUGUUGAUGCUUUGUUGCGCAACUUGCGGACCAAGUCAGUUCGAGCUGUUCUUGACCAUAUCACCGAUGCCUUGGCCAAUCCAGGGACAGCUCUUUUUGAGCUUCUCAGUGUGGACUAUACGAAGUGCUUGAGUACGAUCUUACAUUACCCCCCACAUGUUGAACACCUGGGCGUGGAAGAAUGGGAGAAUGUCAUGCACUUCUGUCUCAGAAUCAUCGAUGUUUCGGAUGACGAAGACAGUCAACGAAGCACAUGGAGCCCUCGCACAUCUAUUUUGGAUGACUACCUUAGUGCUAGCGGUGGCCGAUCGACACCGUCCAGGAUGACACCCUCGCUAGCCCUUAGAGAGAAACCCAAAGGGUCUGCUGGGGCAGUUGAAGAAGCCCUGACAUGUAUCAGGAUACUCUCGGGAGUCGCAAACGCGCCUAUUCAAGAAAAUGCCGAAAGCAUACUUCCUACGCUGGCAAAAUAUGUAAGGUCCUCGUCUCUUGCCGGAAGUGGUCAUCAAUCAGCCUUUUCUACCAUUAAUACAGUGGCGAUGAGAAUCAUAUUCGAUAACUCAGAGCUCACUCGAAACAUAUUACUUGACCUAGUUCCAUCCAUUCGACAACACUGGGCCACGAAGCUUAUAGGCCUGAGGGACGAAUUGCUCGUCACUGCCAUGCUUGUUGUGGCUAUCCUCACUGAUGAAGUUCGGAGAGCACCUGCGGCUGAUUUAGAAAAUACAAUUGAUGGGCUUAUGAAUACUUUACAGAGCGAGUAUUCCAAGCGUCCUGAGAAGGACAUCCUCCAGGUGGAUGAGGUGGUGUUCGACUCGAUUAGUUCAGCACCGCAUGAAAAAUUUCACCUGUGGCCGCGACUCGAGGGUGCUAGAUCUGAGCAUAAUUGGACAGUAGUCUGGGUUAUCGCAAGAUUGAUGGAGAUAUCUGAAGAGCUGGCUACACGGUUGUCCCCCCUUGCUGAGGGCGAAACUCCGAGUAAAAAGCAACGGCUCGGGUCGAAGAUAGACGAUGUUUUUCGAGAUUCUACCGCGUCUUUUGGCGCUAGAAGAGUGCCUGCCCUGCAGUUGAUUCCUUUUCUCCCCAAUAAUUAUGUCACCAUCGAGUCAAAAGUCUCCUUGCUGGAGCGAUUAAUCCCAAAUAUACACGACGACAAUAGCGCCGUAUCUUCCUGGACAAUGAUUGCGAUUGCAAGUGUCGCAGCCAGCCCCGAGGCAGAUGCGCCGAUUCUCAAACGACAUUGGCAACAAGUAUGGGACUUAACGUCUCGUGCAUCUACGUCACAGUUCACGUCCAGGGCUGCUUGUAAUCUCCAGAACAAUAUUCUUCAGUUUGGCCUGCUGGACUACUCCGCCGUGGCUGAGACGACGGAUGCAAUGCUUUCAUUUGUCAACUUGAAUGGGCCGUCAACUCUGUCCGAUGCAUCUCUUGAGUUAUGGGCAAGUGUAAUUAAAAUGACAACCCAAAUGAACCCAGGAUCUGUUUCAAAUGCAUCUAGCCAAAUUUGUGCGUGGUUGAGAGAUGCGUGGAGCAUUGGGACAUCGGUGGAUAGAACACAAACAUCGCAGAUUGCUGCAUUUGCACGCCCACUUGAACUUCUGAGUUUAAUCAUGGCAUGUACAAACAGGCCCUUUUGCCAAACUAGGGUCUUGUUUAAAGGCCCAACAGGCAUCAUUGCGAAGUGUUGGUUUUUUUACCACACAAACAAAAGAAUAUGGAGCUAUCUUUUUGAUAUACACAAACUACUAGAUGUAUAUGAUAUGUGGGAUGCGGAAGAGACGGUUUCUAUCCAGGAAUUUUCACAGCUUGACCCAAAUGAUUUGGGUAUCAUUGACCUGUUGCAAGCAAAAUCUGAGCAUUUCCUCCACUCUUGGCAAGCAUUAUCCGAAGACAAAUCACGGCAUGUCACAUCGGAUAUUGUCCAGAUACUUACGUCCUUCUGCAUAACUGUUGUUAUAUACAGUUCUUGCCUACCGGAGCAGUCAGGAUCUCGGCUACAGGUCUUACACACAAAUACUCAUCGUUUAUGGGAGAGCAUAUGCUCAUUUCUGACUUCAUACGAAUCUACAUUCAUUCUACCUGCCUUAAUAUUAUUCCCGCCCUUUAUUCCUCUGGAUUCAUACUUUUCCAAAGCAGCGGCUGGUGCUCACAAGGCUCUCUAUGAACUUGUAUCUCCUUUGAACAGAGUUCUCGAAGGCUACAGACAGUCUCAUAAAGAGACAUCUGCUGCCAACGAGGGGGAUGGGGACAUGGAUUUGGACGAUCCCUUUUUGACAUCAACGAACCAAAUCGAGGAGGUGUCAAACAUCAUAUCUGCGAAUCGGACAGACCUACCCCUAUUUCAUGAUACUGCUAGCUUUCAGCGUUACAUGACCAUCCGUCUUUCUCUUUUUCAGCGGAUAUCUGCCAAAGUUGACCCCUCUCAACAACUAGCAGAUGAAGCUCUGGAUGAGUAUUUGACCAGUCUUGACCAAAUUGACUUUCUGGCAGCACAUGAAUUUCUACCUUACGUUUAUAAGUCAUGUGCUGAAAUGGAGAGAGAAUCCCUACUCGGAAUACUUGAAGAUCUAGGCGAAAAGUGUCUCCAAUCAUAUGAGUUGGAGCGCUGUGAAAAUUCACACCUGAUUUGUAUUCGCAUGAUGGACAGCGUUGUCAAAUCAUGGACCAGUGGAAUUCAAGACAAUCUCAGUGAUUCGGCUGCAGACAUUUAUACCUGGUUCACCGAAGUUUUUCUAAAGAAAGGAAGGGCAUCUCCAUCAGUUCUGGUUGCAUUCGCCCACCUCCUAGGAGACGUCCUGAGCUUGAACCCCAUGUACCUGAGUGACCCGUCAAGCCCAUCCCCUAGAACGACGCUCCUCAGGAUUAUCGGAGAAGGGGGCGUGCUGGUUAAGUUUAACGCGGGAAACCUGAUUCCUCAACUAUUUGGGCAAUUUCUUCUCAAGGAUCAUGAUGCUAUAUUCAAUGACGUCCUUGAUUGUCUCCCGCGGGAUCCUGAUUGGCAAGAAGGCAUCGCUGUUCGAUUGUUCAUACUUGCCCAGCUUGCUUCUAAAUGGCACACACUACUUCGAAGGAGCAUUUAUCACAUUUUUGAGACUCCGGCUCAAGUGCAUCACUCUCUAUGGUACGCCGAAAAAUGCCUACAGCAGGUCUCGGAAGCGCUGGGGCUUCCCGAUGCGACGGAGAUAUUUCGACUUUUCUCAUCUCAGAUAAUCUAUACCUGGACUGAAACGCAGUCGGUAAUGUCUAUGCCCUUUAGCAUUUUUGGUUAUGCUAGUCUCGAGGACAUGCUAAGUGAUGCUCAAGACGAGAUUGUUGGUCAAAUAAUGAUGCGCGCCAGUGAGACUGAUGCUGCAGAACUAUCAAAGUUUAUGCGUCGGCCAUUCGUUGAGCUCCUGGCAGACUCUUUCUACAAGGCAGAGGCAUAUACUAUAGCCCGUGACAUAAGUACCCCUCCAGGGCAGGGAAGUCAGCCCAGGGGCGUGGAGAAUCGACUAAAGAAGAUCCUAGGCGCUAACCAGUUCAUGACGUUGAUCGAGGCACAAUUCCCGCAAAUUAUAGCCACAUUUUUUGGGAGCCUGGACCUUUACGAGCAGGUUGAAAAGGCAUUCUCGAGACGGGAAGGUUUCCGAGAGGCGCUUAAUACGUUCAAACAUAUAUCUGACAAGGGCCACGCGAGAACUGUGCUGCCGGCAAACCAACAACCGUCGUUCAGAGCACGGUUCCUUCUCGACGAACUUGAGUUCCUAUGCAAACGUAGUGGCUAUGAACUUGAGACCAUCUGGUCUCCUAGUUUAGCAUCAUAUGUCUGUCGGACACUGUUGGAAUCAAUCCAUCCUGCCCUUGGCUCCCUACAUGCUUGCUCUGUGAUACGGAAGAUCAAGAUCUUGGUAUGCGUGGCUGGUCCUGUCAUGCUGAGUGACUACCCGUUCGAAAUGAUUAUCCAUGCUCUUCAACCAUUCCUUGUGGAUAUAUUUUGCUCCGAGGAUGCGCUGUCAAUAUUCUGGUAUUUGCUGGAGGCCGGGAAGCCAUAUUUGACUGACAACCCGGGUCUAAUGGCUGGGAUUGCAGUUUCUACGUCACUAUCCUUGAAAAGGUUCCUGGCAUCGCCCCCUAUGAACCCGCAGCACGGACAUCAAUUGCAGAUUGUUGUUGGUAACAUCCAAACGUUCUAUGGAUGGUUCGAAGAAUAUCUCAAUUCCUACGAGUCGCCUGUCUUGGACGAUUACUCUUCCGAACGUUUUCAGCGGUUCACUGGUUCUUUGCAGGCCACGGCGGGACAAGAACCCAGCUCAACCAGUGUGAGUGAAAGUAACCUACUGCUCGAAGUGCUAAAGGAUCGCGAAUCCAAGAGCAGCCUCCUCAACAAACCAAUAUCUGAUCAUAUUAUUUCGCUGCUUUGUACUACCUCCAACGGGGCGGCUGGGUAUCACCUCACAGCCAUUGAACAUGUUGAAGAUGCCAUUGAUAACGCCAUCAUCGUAUGCCAAACUCUCCGAGAUUUCAAUCCCGGUCCUGAAUAUCGGUCUUGGGCUGCGAGAGUGAUCGGAAAAGCUUUUGCGGCUACUGGCAAAAUAAAUGAUGCACUAUUAAGAGAGCAGGACCUUGCAUUCUUUCGACCCCUCUCGCCGCAGUCUGAUAUUGAUAUCCUCUGCCGUUCCAAGGCAAAUAUUCUCCAACUUCUUUGCAGCAUACUGCUAAAUAGUAACCAAACAGGGCCCAUUGAGCGUACCUUACAGCUCAUUGUUACUAACCUUGCCAACUUUCCCGACUUUGAACUUUGUGCGGCCAACAUUCCUCCUUCACUCAUGAAGGCCCUCACAUGGAGUCCUUACCAGUGCCCCGGUGUAUCUUUAAGUGCCCUAGAGGCUAAAGAACGCGACCGUGUACGCGGAUGGGAUGUCAGUCUUUCACCUUCUUUCUGGGCGCGCAAUGUCGGCCUUCUUCUUUCGAAAACAGCAUCAGAUGAUCCAGUUAUUGGGCCAUUGAGCAGUAUUUUAUACCUCGUCCCCGAUUUGGCAGCCCGGCUACUCCCCUACAUUCUGCAUGAUGCUCUGCUGGCGGAGCUUCGAGGAGAGAUUGAGAUACGGGAGAGUAUAUCGCAGAUCUUCAAAGAGGUUUUGCAAAGCCAUGAAGAUAUGACGGUCCCCCAUUUACGACUUAUCAUCAACUGCAUCCUUUACCUGCGCAAUCAACCCCGACCAGGCGAGCAUACGACGAUAGUCGAACAAGAAGCUUGGCUGGAUAUCGACUACGCAGUAGCUUCCUCGGCUGCCAGUAGAUGCAGAAUGCCUAAAACAGCCCUCAUGUUCCUUGAGAUUCAUGCAUCGCGUUCUGUGUCUGGCUCGCGCCGGUCUUCUGUUGCUAAAUACGAGCCACCAGCAACACUUCUGCACGACAUUUUCAAGAACAUCGAUGAUCCAGACUUCUUCUACGGAAUCCAGCAGACCUCAUCUCUGGAUUCUGUCAUGGAAACGCUCGAGCACGAGAGUUCGGGAUUCAAAAACCUCCUGUUCCAAAGCGCGCAGUACGACAGCCAGGUGCAGAUGACUGGUUCUGGGAAUACAUAUGGUGUUCUCAAGGCACUAAAUUCGACCAAUCUUCAGGGAAUCGCUAAUUCUAUGCUUGGUGCCCUUGGAAACUCAGGUGAUGCUGCGGUUCCGUUUAGCAGCAUGCUUAAGGCUGCCACAAAUCUGCGGCAAUGGGACAUACCUGUUUCCCCGCUAAAUUCAUCCCCUUCGGCGACCAUCUUCAGAGCUUUUCAGAACUUGAAUACAUAUGGAACGUUGACUGACAUGCGUGCAUCUAUUGACGAAAGCUUGACAACCAGUUUGGCUUUGAUAGAUAGCGAUAGUCGAUCAGCGAUUUCCUUGCGAACAGCGAUGAGGGUCCUCGGCAUCCUGACUGAAAUUGAGGAGGUUCUAAAUUCAAAAACAGCGGAUGAAGUCAGCCAGGCAUGGCAGAAGGUUUCAGAAAGGACAUCCUGGUUGAAAACUACUGACGUCCACGAAGUUGGCGAAAUCCUGAACUCACACGAGACGCUGUUCUCAUCUAUAAAGCAGAAUGAUUAUCUCAAAUCCGCGUUCAACUUGGGUGAUCAUGAUGCGCAGCUGCUCGAGGUGAAAGUCAUCCGUCAGUCCCUACAUAUCGCUAGAAAUCAUGGAAUCGCGCAGGCUUCGCUCAAGUCCGCUGUAUACCUGUCAAAACUCUCAGAUCAAAGCACUUCAUUAGGACUGAAUGUCGAAGGCGUGGCAAAGUUCGACCUAGCCAAUGUGCUAUGGGAUCAAGGGGAAAUGGCGCCGUCAAUCCAAAUUCUUCAACAGCUCAGGGAUAGGAAUGACAUCCACAAACAAGCAAUUCCUAUGAGCCGGGCAGAACUUCUUGUUACUCUAGGUCACCACAUCGCGGAAGCUCGCUUGGAGAAGCCAGAGGCGAUUAUUCAGAAUUAUCUAGCACCUGCGGUCAAGGAACUGAAGGGCCGAUCAGAGGCCGAAGACGCCGGACGAGUCUACCAUGGGUUUGCCAUGUUUUGUGACCAGCAAUUGCAGAACUCUGAUGGAUUGGAAGACUUUUCGCGUGUUGAACAACUCCGCAAUCGCAAGGAAAAGGAAGUCCUCGCCCUUGAUGCAAUGCUUAGAACUGCAGAAGGCAAAGAACGAGACAACCUUAAGUUUCAUAGGGCAAAAACAAAGCAAUGGUUCGAUCUCGAUGACCGCGAGUACCAGCGUCUCAAGCGCAGUCGAGAAGCCUUCCUUCAGCAAUGCCUUGAGAACUAUCUUAUUUGCUUAAAGGAAAGCGAAGCAUACAAUAACGACGUUCUCCGCUUCUGCGCGUUGUGGCUUGACCAGUCGUACAGCGACAUUGCCAACAGGGCAGUCUCAAAAUAUCUUGCAGAUGUCCCUAGUAGAAAGUUUGCCCCUCUAAUGAACCAACUAACGUCGCGUCUCCUGGACAUAUCCGAUGAUUUCCAGGGUCUGCUCUCUGCCGUGAUUUUCCGGAUUUGCUCUGAGCAUCCAUUCCACGGAAUGUACCAAAUCUUUUCAAGCAGCAAAUCCAAGGGCGGGAAAGAUGAAUCGGCAUUGUCACGCAAUCGAGCCGCCACACAUUUGGCUGACAUCCUUAGGAGUGAUAGGAAGAUAGGGCCGUUGUGGGUGGCGGUUCACAAUGCAAAUAUCAACUAUGUGCGAUUUGCCGUCGAACGGUUGGACGACAAGACUAAAAGUGGUGCAAAGGUUCAGCUCAAAAAAUUGCAGACCGGCGUACGUCUUGAACAAGAUGCCGUAACCCAACGGCUACCACCCCCAACCAUGAAGAUCGAGAUCCGCAUCGACUGCGACUAUAAUGAUGUCCCUAAGCUUAUUCGGUAUAACCCCGAGUUUACUAUUGCGUCUGGUGUAAGCGCGCCUAAAAUUGUCACUGCAGUGGCCAGUAAUGGUGUGCGGUAUAAGCAACUUUUCAAGGGGGGCAAUGAUGAUUUGCGGCAGGACGCUAUCAUGGAGCAAGUCUUUGAGCAAGUCAGUAGCCUUCUCAAAGACCACCAGGCUACCCGACAGCGGAAUCUGGGCAUCAGGGCCUAUAAAGUACUUCCUCUGACCUCAAACGCGGGUAUCAUCGAAUUUGUCCCCCAUACAAUACCGCUUAACGAAUAUUUGAUGCCCGCACAUCAAAGAUACUACCCGAAAGAUAUGAAACCCAACGCCUGCCGCAAGCAUAUUGCCGAUGUGCAGACACGAUCCUUCGAGCAGCGUGUUCGAACCUACCGGAAUGUGACCGACCACUUCCAUCCUGUUCUGCGGUACUUCUUCAUGGAAAAGUUCAACAACCCAGACGACUGGUUUGGAAAGAGACUCUCGUACACCCAGAGCACGGCAGCGAUAUCAAUGUUGGGCCACGUUCUUGGACUUGGGGAUCGUCACGGGCAUAAUAUCUUACUCGAUGAGGGGACUGGCGAAGUCGUACAUAUCGAUUUAGGUGUCGCCUUCGAGCAGGGGCGCGUUCUACCUGUCCCAGAAGUUGUUCCGUUCCGCCUAACGCGCGAUCUGGUUGACGGAAUGGGGAUUGCUAAGACCGAAGGGGUCUUCCGGCGUUGCUGUGAAUUUACCCUGGAAGCGCUUCGACAGGAAUCUUACAGCAUCAUGACGAUCCUUGACGUGCUCCGGUACGAUCCGUUAUACAGCUGGACAGUAUCGCCAUUACGGAUGAAAAAGAUACAGGAGCAGGAACCGGGAGAUGGCCCUCCAGUCCUACCGGGCUCGACAGUCGAUCAACGACCCACGAAUGAGCCAAGUGAGGCUGAUAGGGCUUUGACUGUUGUUGCGAAGAAACUGAGCAAGACCCUAAGCGUUACGGCCACUGUGAAUGAACUGAUCCAGCAAGCGACGGACGACAAGAACCUCGCUGUGCUGUACUGCGGCUGGGCUGCAUAUGCAUGA